GACGACCACCUUGAAUUUUUUGUUCCGAGUGAAUUUUCUUUUGGAUAUGGUUACACAUGCAAGCAAAGUGGAUUCAUAAACUGUUCCUGUGCGAUGGCCAUUUUCAUUUUGCCGUCAAAGAUUCGUCACAUCAAAUACUGUUUUAUUUUGAAUUGAAUUAGGCAAAGAUUAUAGAGCGGCAGCAUCAGCAUAAACGGUUGCGAUGGGAAAGAAGUACAACGGAGAGCAGAACCUCCAACGGAACAAGACAGCUAGGGUUUCCGAUGAAUAUGAUAAAAAGAAUCAAAUAAGGGCAAAUGAUGUUGAAAUGGCAAUACCUAUUGUUUAUGGAACAAUAUCCUUCUGGCUGGGGAAAAGGGCAGAUGAGCACCGCACUCAUAAAUGGACUGUCUAUAUUCGUGGGGCAACAAAUGAGGAUCUUAGCAUUGCAAUUAAAAGAGUUGUCUUUGAGUUACACCCAAGCUUUAACAAUCCAAUCAGGAUUGUUGACUCUGCUCCAUUUGAGCUGUCUGAAACAGGAUGGGGUGAAUUUCAGAUAAAAAUGACAAUCUUCUUCCACAGUGAUGUAGCAGAAAAACAACUAGAGAUAUAUCAUGAGCUAAAGUUACAUCCUGAAGAUCGUUCUGGACCACCGACAACAAAGAAACCAGUGAUUGUUGAGUCAUAUGAUGAAAUUGUUUUUACGGACCCUUCAGAAGCUUUCUAUUUGCGGGCUCGUGAUCAUCCAGCUGUUAUUGUGUCUGGAAGUCCUUCUGGUUUGAGCUUAACACCCCCUUCAGGGAUUGCGAAUGAUAAUUUUAGUGAGAAGAAAAGAGGGGAUACAAAGGAGCAUCCUCUAAGUCAGUGGUUCUUGCGACAUUCUGAAGCUGAUGAACUGGCCCAAUUAGUUGCAGCACGACAACAGGCCUUGGCGAGUUUUUCCGGGUGGCGAUUAGUUCAUCUAUGGUCUUAUCUACGAUUCAAAGCCAUAUCAUAAGGUUAAGAAGACAGCUCAGCAUGAUUGAAGCAGAGUCUCAGCGGGUGCAGUCAAAUUCUUCUCAGUGAGGUUGCAAUUGAAGAUUAAACACUGUCCAACUGGUGGUGGAUAUCCUGUACAUAUGUAAAAUAGUUUCAUGAAGGUGCAAGGACCCAUGCUUUAUCAUCUCUCUUCCCAAGCAUAGUUUUGUAUGAAGUAAAGGCAUGAUCUCCAUCCUUUUACAUGCACAUUUGUGAAUAGGAUACUAUCAAUGAUCUACCAAGGAUUGUGGUGUUCUGAUUAUGAUCCUGUUGGUUCUUCUGGCGCAAGCUUUGUCACAGAUGUGUGUCAGUGUUGGUUAUCUACCUUGGGAUCCAACAUUCAGUAUUGAUCUUCAUCAGCAUCAUGUUUCAUUGAUGGCCCUUUUACUCAAAUGGCAAACAUUUACCUGGAUCAUAUGCUAUAGGGUUUAAAUACUUUGGAUUUACCCCCCCUCUAGUCAUGUUCACAUAUUUACAUCUUUAUUCACUUUAUCGUUUUACUGUUCAGUUACUUUCCAGAAUGUGCAUUCUUUCUACCUUAAUAGUUUCUCUAUGAUAUUUUCUUUUACUUUCAAGUCCCGUUGAUCUAUUUUGGUCAGUUGUGGACAUUAAUAUAAUUUCAUUUCAUUCAUAA